AUGGCCAAGAGACAAGCUGAAUCACAAAUCACAAAGGAUCGUGGUGACGAUUCUGAUGAAGAUUACGAGAAUGGUCAGCUGUUUCAAAAGGCAUCGGCCAAUAUAAUGGCUAAAAGAAGAAUUGCCAAACCAGGUAAAUCUAGACACGCACCUUCAGCUCCUUCUACAUUCGUAUCUUCAUUGGGGUCCAAUUCCGGUGUCGGAUCAGUGGCGGGACCUUCUAGUGUUGAUAUCAAUUCAAAGAUUACAGCAUUGAAUAAACGAUUUCUUGAAUCGGUACUCCAAUAUCAAACAUCUGUUGAUUCAAACCAAUUGAUCAAUUUAGUUCCAGUAUGUCAGAAGUAUAUUGAUUAUUACAAUAGCAUAAAGCCUUCUACAAAUGGGAACAUCACUACUAAUGGUGGUGCACCCAAGCUGUUAUUCACUUCUAUAACUAUUCCCGAGUCUCAAACAGGAUCCAACUCCAUGGGUAGUAUUAAUACUACUACUGCUGCUACUGCUGCUGUACCAACUUCUGUGAGUCUGUUACCAGCCGCACCUAAACUUAAUGCCUUUACUGGUAUUUCUACUGGUACAACUGCCCCAUCCUUUACCUUUGCAUCUUCUGAGUCUAAACCCAAUCCAUUCUCAGGAAUCUCGACUGGAUUUGCACCUCAAUCAGCUCCUAAGCCUGCUAACAGUCCUAGUUUAUUUUCUUUUGGCAAACCUCUGAGCCAGCCCGAAGCUUCAACUCCAUCCACUUCAGCUUCAACUCCUGCUACAGCUACUGUUUCGGCUCCUGCUUCUGUCUCCGCACCAGAAACCAAGCCCGAUGUGGUUGAAGUUUCUUCCAGUGAUGAAUCUCUGGAUGAUGAAAUCAAAAUCCAAGGGCCUCAAUUCGUACUCAACUCUAAACCUACCAUAAAGAAUUCACCAUUUUCUUUUGGUCCUAAACCCGAAAAGAAGAAGGACGAUUCAGACUCAGAUCUGGAAUCAGAAGUGGAAAUUAAAGGUCCCACAUUUACAUUUAAUAAGACUAUCAAAGACAGUGUUUUCAAACUUAAGCCUACUGAUACUAAGAAAACAGAAGAGCAAGCUAAACCUACCUUUUCAUUUGGCCAGGGUGCCACUUCUACUGUGAACUCAGAAACAAAGCAAACAUCUUCCUUUGGCCAAAAGAAUGAUGAUAAGCCUGUUACUAAUGAAAAGCCAGCAUUUUCUUUUGGUCAAAAGGAAAAUAAGCCUGCUGAUAAGCCUGCAUUCUCCUUUGGAUCAUCAUCAACAACUGGUGGGUUCGGUUCAACUUCUGAUAAACCAGCCUUUAAUUUCAGUGCACUGGAUAAGCCAAAGGUUCUGGAUGCUUCAGAAGCAGUACCAAAGACUUUUAAUUCUACACCAAAUAAUGAUAAGCCGACAUUUUCCUUUGGAGGUAGCAAGCCUAAUGAUGCCAAACCUGCAUUCUCGUUUACCAGUAACACUACCACCACAACCACCACCACCAAUAAUAAUAAUAAUAAUAAUAAUAAUAAUAAUAAUAAUGCCACUCCAGAAGAACCUAAGCCUGCAUUUUCAUUUGGUGGGGCUAAACCAUUUGCAUUCAAUUCAUCCUCGACUGAAAAUACCCAGCCAACUUUCCAAUUCAAUUCCAAGCCUGCCACUGAAGAAGCUAAACCAGCAUUCCUGUUUGGAACCCCAUCAACUUCGGAGUUUGGAUCCGGAUCUGGAUUUGGAGCUCCCAAGUUCAACUUUGGAGGGUCCAAUGGUACACAGGGUUCAUUAUUUGGUGGAGAAAAUAAGUCUGGAUUUGGGUUUUCUUUUGGAAGUGGAUCAUCAUCAGCAACCACUGGUGCAACUGAUUCUAAGAAAGAUACCGAAGCAGUAGUUGAAGAAGCUGAAUCCACUGCCAAGUUUGAACCUGUGGUGAAGUUAACGGAUGAGGUUGCUGCCACAACUGGUGAAGAAAAUGAAACUGUUAAAUAUACCAAGAGAUCUAAGUUGAUGCUCUUUCAAAAGGAUAAUUCAGAAGAACCUUAUAAGACGAUUGGAUUAGGAGAUUUGAAAGUCUUGAAACAUAAUGAAUCCGGUAAAUCUAGAGUAUUGAUUAGAACUGAUGGAGGCCAACGAAUUCUUUUGAAUACAUUUGUGGAUAAGAAGAUGAAGUACGAUACCGUUGGUAAUGGCUCAAUGGUUAAAGUACCUGUUAUCAAUCCUCAAACUAAAGAGUUGGAAACAUAUGUUAUUAGGGUUAAAACACCUGCUGAUGGGAAGGAGUUUUUAGAUUCAUUACAACAAGAAUAG